CAAUAAAAAUAACAUUAUCGUUUGCCAACCGAAACGAGUUUUAAUUUAACUUUCUCUAAUUUUUCGUGUUUUAAUUCUUUAAAUUAAAGUUAUAUCGGCUACGCCUCAUUAGUAUUUUAUUGUUCAAAUCUUCUUGUGCCUUAUGGAAAAUGUUCGCAGUGCUAAAGCAUUUAUUUAAACUACAAUUCCUUAUAAUUCUCAUUGCCGUUUUCGCCGGUAUCUACUAUCCACAAAUUCUUGAAAAAAUCAAGUCACUUAUCUUUGAGAUAUCUUCAUCUUCUGAUAAUGAACCAAUUGCGGUUAAAUUUAGUGCAGAGAAUGAUAUUCAAUUAUUCUCUAAGGCAGCUCUAGCUAAGUUCAAUGGCGAAAACGAAGAUGAACCAAUUUACUUGAGUAUUCUUGGUUCGGUUUAUGAUGUUAGUAAGGGCAGGAAGCACUAUGGAACUGGGUGUUCGUACUCUUAUUUUGCUGGAAAAGAUGCCUCAAAGUCUUUUAUUACUGGGGAAUUUCAGGAGUUCGAUGAAAACUCAGACGAUGUGAUGGCUUUAAAACCAAGUGAAGUAUUAAGUUUGUACGAUUGGAAGAAAUUCUACGACAAGGAAUACAUUUUCAAAGGAUUAUCAAUUGGAAGAUUCUACGACAAAAAUGGUGCCAAAACCGAAUAUCAUCAUAAACUGGAUGCCAUAGCUAAUCAAGCUUUGGAAGAUAAAAUAACAUCAAAUAAAAAUCUGGAAGCUUAUCCUUCAUGUAACAUCGAAUGGUCAGAAAAGACCGGAACCCGUGUCUGGUGUACUGAUCAAUCCGGUGGCAAAAAACGAGAUUGGAUUGGUUUUCCUCGAAAAUAUUAUGAAGCCGGCAAAGAAGACUAUCGUUGUGCAUGCAUAGAAACAUCUGAACUUAAUUCUCCCAAUCUAAAGCCUUAUGAAAACUGUGAUCCUCUAUCGAGAACCUGUUUCUACAAAGUAGAAUAAAAAUUGUUUAAAGAAAAUUAAUUAGAGUAGCAAUGUGUAUUCUUUUGUUUAAGAACAUUAUUUAGUUAUUAAUUUUUCUUAUUAACCUGAUCCACUCUUAGAAAAUUAAAAUGGAAAUAAAACAAUGGGAUUAAUUCUUACAAGAAAAAUAUAGUCAAUUAAUUAAUAUUUAUGUACAACACACAAAAGGUUGCUAUUGAAAUUAUUAUUGUAAAUGAGAUGUAAAAUAUUAGAGUUUAAAGAGCACUUUAAAAAAAAAGAUACAAGUGCCUGCUUUGUUCAAAAUCAUAUAUGUACCACUUAAAAGUCUUUUACACAACAUAUGCAAUUAUAAAAUAAAUUAUUAAAGAAAAUAUAUAACAAUAGUGUCACAAAUAUCAA